AUGCUGUUCAAGAUCACGGUGCUCGGGGACGGUGGUGUGGGCAAGACCGCUUUGACGGUCCAGUUCACCAUGUCCUCUUUUGUUGAGGCUUACGACCCGACAAUCGAGGACUGUUACCGCAAGCAGUGGGUCGUGGAUGACCAGCCCUGUCUGCUGGAGGUUCUCGACACCGCGGGUCAGGAGGAGUAUACCGCCCUCCGAGACCAGUGGAUCCGGGACGGUGAGGGUUUCCUCAUCGUCUACUCGAUAACAAACCGGCGGACGUUCGAGCGCCUGGACCGGAUCCUCGAGCGCGUCCACCGCGUCAAGGACCUCGACCCACCGCCCUCCCCCUUCCCCCACUCCCCGUCCGGACCCGGCGGCUUCGUUCUCCCCUCCCCUACCUCCCCCUCCUCCUCCACAUCGUACCGCCCCCACCCCUCGACCCCCCGCAUACCCAUGACCAUCGUCGGCAACAAACGGGACAUGGUCGGCCACCGCGAAGUCUCGACUGAGGAAGGUCGGGGUUUGGCGCAAUACUAUGGCGCCGAGUUCUUUGAGUGCUCGGCCAAGACGAACGUCAAUGUCGAGGCGUGCUUCAAGAGCUUGGUACGUCAGAUCAAGGCGCAACGGCGCGGAGGGGACGGAGGGGGAGGUGGCGGUUCGGGUGGAGCGGGAGGGGCCGGCGGGGGUGGGUAUCAUGGAGGUGGCGGAGGCGGAUAUGAGCGGAGAAAAAAGAAGAAGUGUGUGAUUUUAUAG